UUGCUCAGUUCCCCUAAAUUCUGCCCGGACCUCUUUCCAGUAGGACCAUGAACUCCGUUCUUCCAGUUUCCGGUCGGAUUCUAUUUCCAGUGGGAUCUAAUACGCAACUUCCGGUCAGGCCGAUUCACCCAAUCCCUUCACUUCCGACCGACCCACUUCAUAUUGCCUCACUUCCGGUCCCACCCUCUCUCCGAUCUUCCCCACUUUCGGUUGGAUUCGUUUUUCACCUUCGUUCCCACCGGAAGCUCCUAGCCAACCGGAAGCUCCACCCCACCGGAAGCGGCAGUGCCGCCAUGAAGCUCCUCACACACAACCUCCUCACCUCCCACGUCCGCGGCCUGCAGCCCGGCGCCGGUUUUCCGUUCCACAUCCGGGCCUCGGAGGUUCGGGUCCGUUCGGUGCCGUUCAACGCGGCCUUCGUGGCGCGGCUCCUGCCGAGGCUCCACUGGGAGGCGUUGCUGAGCGCGGCUGAGAGCGUGAGCGGAAAUGGGGGGGGG